UGUUUGCAGAUCAGAGAGUUAAGUCGAAAGAUACAUCGAGUGGGAAUAGGCAGAGGCGUCUAAAAGGAGUCGAAGAGAGCAAAUUGAGCUGCGAAAACUUAAAUCUUUUCUACUAUUUACGCAGAAAAGACUUGUCGAAAACUUACUUCUAUCGCACACUGAAUUUGAAGAGGUUAGGAAGCUUCCGAAGAAAGCCUCAAAAUUCUAUCGAUCCGAUGAAGAUGAUGACGAAAGAAGAUUUUGCUCGAGGGCUCGGCAUUAGUCAAAAAACAGAUAAUUCUUCCACUCAUAGCCAUAUUAUAGUCGGCAACAAAAUCUUACCCAUUACAGAUCAAACGACGAAAGACCAAGCAUGCAUGAACGUAGACAAGAAAGAAAAGUCAAAGGGCGACAAAACGAAAACCAUUUCCAGGAUGAAGGAACUUCUUAAAUGGGCUGCCGCUGCUAAAUCCGAAAAGGGUGGAAAAUAUAUCGGCCGAAAGAUGAUGCAUUUUAGGAAUAGGACAGCUUUGAAAGCAGUUCCCGAUGACGAACAAAUGAGCAACGAUUCUCCGAAGAUUAGUUUUAGAUGGGAAGUGGAGAGUUGCUCCACUACUACUUCGUCGGUUUAUUCUGCGAUUUCUUCGGUUAUGGCGGCUUCUUCUAUGAGGCACGACGAAAUGAUAAUGAACGGAAAUUCGUCGGUGAAUUCUACUCCGGCACAUGUUAGAGAUCUAAGUGUUGCUCGACCGGGAAAUUGGAUCACCACCGAUUCUGAAUUUGUUGUGCUGGAGCUAUGA